AGAACUCAGGUAUCGGCUCCCCAGCUGGCAGUUCCCUCUCCUAGAAUGAAGGAUAAGAAUCAGUAAACAACUGAAGAUCCUUAAGGAAAUGAGAUUGCCUGAUAGUGGGAUGGAGAUGGGGGUGGGGGUUAAGUGGAGUCAGACUAUCCAGGACAAGGCUCUCAUUCCUGGAUUUUUGAAGGAAAAGGAACUAAGUGAACUAGUUGCCAGGACAACCUGCUGUUGGGGAGCGGGGUUGAAGAAAGAAAUGGGUGACCUGUGGUUAUUCCUGCUCCUGCCCCUGUCAGCCUUCCAUGGAGUCAAAGGCUGUUUAGAGUGUGACCCCAAAUUUAUAGAGGAUGUUGGCUCCUUGCUGGCAAAUCUGAUACCCUCAGAAGUCCCUGGCCAAACUCAGCUGCUUGAAUGGCAGAUUAAGGAGAUGAUUAGUUUAAGCUUCAAGGUCUCCCACAGUGACAAGAGGCUUCGGGUGUUGGCUGUUCAACAGGUUGUUAAGUUGAGAACAUGGCUGAAGAAUGAAUUUUAUAAACUGGGCAAUGAAACAUGGAAAGGUGUCUUUAUCUUUCAAGGCAAGCUUCUGGAGGUCCGCCAAAACCUGGAAUCCAAACUGAAAGAAUUACUAAAGAACUUCUCUGAAGUUGCGUGUUCUGAAGAUUGCAUUGUGGUUGAAGGUCCCAUACUUGAUUGUUGGAUGUGUCUUCGCAUAACCAACAGGUGCUUCAAAGGAGAAUAUUGUGGAGAUGAGGAUCCAAGGAAGGCUGAGAAUCGAGAGAUUGCUCUAUUUCUCAUAUUGCUGGCAACAGUUGUAAUACUGGGAAGUGCUGUGUUACUAUUCCAUUUUUGCAUCUUUCAUCGGAGGAAAAUGAAAGCAAUACGAAGGUCACUAAAGGAAUAUUUGGAGAAGAAACUUGAAGAAUUAAUGGGGAAUAUAGAUGAGGAGGAGGAGAAAGACUUUAGACUCAGAAAAUAAACACAUCAGCAUGGACAAGA